UAUCAUGGGGGACUGGAGCUUUCUGGGUAAUAUUUUAGAGGAAGUGAAUGAGCACUCAACGGUGAUCGGCCGGGUGUGGCUCACGGUCCUCUUCAUCUUUCGAAUCCUCAUCCUGGGUACGGCGGCAGAGUUUGUGUGGGGUGACGAGCAGUCGGACUAUGUCUGUAACACGAAGCAGCCCGGUUGUGAGAACGUGUGUUACGACGAGGCCUUCCCCAUCUCCCACAUUCGCCUGUGGGUUCUGCAGAUUAUCUUCGUGUCCACGCCAUCUCUGGUGUACGUAGGCCAUGCCGUGCACCACGUCCACAUGGAGGAGAAACGCAAAGAGCGUGAGGAAGCUGAGCUGAGUCGCCAGCAGGAGCUGAGUGAGGAGCGGCUGCCUCUAGCGCCCGACCAGGGCAGUGUGCGCACCACCAAGGAGACCAGCACCAAGGGCAGCAAGAAGUUCAGGCUGGAAGGCACCCUGCUGAGGACCUAUAUCUGCCACAUAAUCUUCAAGACGCUGUUUGAGGUGGGCUUCGUCGUGGGCCAGUACUUCCUGUACGGCUUCCGCAUCCUGCCGCUGUACAAAUGCAGCCGCUGGCCCUGCCCCAACACUGUGGACUGCUUCGUGUCGCGCCCCACAGAGAAGACUGUCUUCAUCAUAUUCAUGCUGGCCGUGGCCUGCGUCUCCCUCUUCCUCAACUUCGUGGAGAUUAGUCACCUGAGCCUGAAGAAGAUCCGCUUUGUCUUCUGCAAGCCAGCCCCGGGGCCAGCCCAGGGUGAGGGCCCAAGCCCCCUGCCCUCUCCAGGGGGGGUCCUCAAGAGCCUGCCCCCCCUGGCCGUGCCUUCCUUCCAGAGGACAAAAGGCUACAGGCUGCUGGAGGAGGAGACCCACCCCUACCCCCUGGCGGAGGCAUGCAUGGAGGCAGGGAGGCUAAUCACUAUGGCCCCGCCCUUUCAGUGCAAGGAGGAGAAAGCGGAGGAACUGGGGCACAUGGAGGACAUUUCGAAGGUGUACGAUGGGACCUUGCCUUCCUACGUCCAGACCACAGAGAUAGGGGAGGAAACACUACCACUACACCAAGAGAAGGAGGAGCAGCAGGAGGAGGAGGUGGAGGAUGAAGAGGAGGAGACGAUGGAUACGAUAGAGGACACAAGACCACUGAGCAGAUUGAGCAAAGCCAGCAGCAGGGCCAGGUCAGACGAUCUCACCGUAUGAACCUGUGAGAGAACACACACACACAAACACUGAACACAGGAGAACACACACACACAAACACUGAACACGGGAGAACACACACAUCUAGCUCAAGACAACAAACACUUAUUACCAUUAGGACGUGGGUAACAUCACUCAAUAAGGCCACAAAAACAUCUGUGAUCAUUGGUGAGAUAAGUGAAUAUUAUAAAAAGUUGUGAUUGAUUUAUUUUAUUAAGCAUGUUAUAUGAAACCAAAUGUAGAAAGGACAAACAUGCAAAGAGGGGAAAAAUAUUUUUUACUUGAUGAAAAUCCAUGCUGUCGACCUUUUUCUAUCGAAAGACUUUCAACAAUUACCAAUGAAAGAUUACUCAUGUUUACAUAUUCUGUGGGGUUGAAUGGGUAGGGGGAAGAGAUUGAUCAUAUAUUCUUGUGUGUCUGCACAGCAGUAAAAUGACUGUAGGCAGGCAAUCACUUUCAUAUGUAGCUGCAAAUAUGUUGCAGGUGGAAGGGCUGUUCCACACCAAGUCCGUUGCACAGAAAACGUAUGACUCUUUAACACCAAGUUGAUAGUCCAUUUUUGGAUUGAAAAUAGUUAUUUUUGCAAAACAUUUUUUUGAGGAUAUAGAACUGUGCAAGGCCUAUAUAAACCUCAUAUCACCUAAACUACACAUCGAUUUACUCUUCUUUCAAUUGAAGGCAGAUUUGCAAUAAAGUACAAGAGCAUAUUUGUCCUUUUCAUGUUUAUAUACAGACUAGUACAGCUAAAAAGCGGAGUAGUAGAGAAAAACAAACCAAAAAAGGACCAGAUGUUAAUGGUCUCUUUUCAAUGUGAUUUUACAUCUGAUCUUUCGGAUUGCUUAUAUCUUUCGUUGCCUAUAUAAUAAGUGGGCACUGUGAAAAUGUUGUCUGUCUGAAAAGAGAGGAGUGCUGGUUUUGCCCGAUCACAGACUGGACCAUAGUAACGACCUCAGGGCAAAUCCUCUCUUUCCGCGCUGUACAAACCGGCGUCAGGGCGAUAAAGAUCACGCACGAUCAGCACAAAGUAUUGUUGAGCCACAGACAAUAAAAUAAACCACUCAUACAUGAAAACAAGCAUCCUUGACAUUGUUGUGGGGGGGAAUCGUUUUACUUGAUUUUAUUUGCUCUUGAUGGGCUUUUCCCCUGUACAAAUAUGAAAUAGUUAUGGCAAUGUUUACAACAUUUUCUAAAAAAAAACUAGAAAAGGAGAAUCUUAUUGUACAUAAAGUAUAAUUGUAUCUGAUGUCUAAUAGCAAACAUUAUGUUGAGAACACUUAGUUUAAAUUAUGAUAUAAUCUAUAGCUAAAUUAUUAUUACUAUGAUGACAAUCGUUCAUUUAUUCAAUAGAGAAACUACCAGUUAUUUAUUUAAACACUAGAAAAAACUUCCAUAACUCUGCUACAGUCACUGUUUCAGUAGGGAAAAUUAAGUGCAUUUCAAAACCUGAGCAUUAUUUCCAUAAUUACCAAAGACUUGCAUUUCUGAACCUUUUGAUCUGUCUUCUCUCUGUCCCAGAGAUGUUCUAUUUUUGUAUUAUUAAGUUGUACAAGAGCAGAAGUUUAUCUUACAAGUACUUAAAACAUCUAACAAAAACAAUGCCCUAUGAAAGGGAUGCUUUAAAGUACGACCAAAUAUUUAUCUAUUUUUCUCUUGCGCUCUCUGCUUUAUUUAAAUUGCUUGGCUAUGUUGCUUUCUAGUGUAUAAUUUUUCAGUGCUUUAUCUGUAAUGUACAUUCUCAAAUGUCUUUGUAAAGGUUAAAGUGCUUACGUAGCUCUGGGAAAACUGUGAAUGUCAUGUUUUUAAUGUCAUGUUUAAGAUAUUUAUCUUUAGCAUUCAAAUAAUCCUUUGUGUACUGUAUGUAAAAUCCCCCUUAAUUUUGGGGGGAAAUGUAGAGUAUGUCUGCAAACAGGUGUACUUGCUUCUCAGUCAGUGCUGUGCCUUAAAGCCAAGCAUUGGGGUUGUUCUGUGCAAAAGUGUGUUUAUAUAGUGGCACAGAUUAUAAAAUGGUGCAGAAAAGCCACACACAGAGACACACACUCACACACAUGCAUACACACACAUGCAUACACAUGUGCAUGCAAACGCAACACACUUCCUGUGUUGGUUUUGGGGGUAUGAUCAAAUGGCUCUAGACAAACUCUAACAAAAAGGCAGCUUUGACCACUUUGUGAUCCCCAGAUACUCCUUUGCCUCCCAUAAGCCAAAGCUGUGACAACCUUGUGAAUGAGACGACAGGCAUUUCACAAUUGCAGAAUAGUUUAGCACAUUUCAACACUGUAAAAUAUAUUCCAAAACUGGGGCAUGUUCGUUAUUGAUUUAAAACAGUUCCCCUUGCUUUAUUGUUCUAAAAAACUCUUGAUUAAUCUUUGGAAAGAAAAUAACCCUUUUUACUAACUUGUAGUCCUUAUGCUCCUAGUUGUGUUUUUACUAACUUGUAGUCCUUAUGCUCCUAGUUGUGUUUUUACUAACUUGUAGUCCUUAUGCUCCUAGUUGUGUUUUUUACUAACUUGUA